AUGGCAUCAUAUUCUUCAAACGUCAUGUAUUCCGAGCUUUUUGAACAACUUAAUGUCUAUAUUAAAUUAUUUGAUGAUUUGUACAAGCUGAAAACAAAAAACGAAGAAGAAAUUUCAGGCUUUUCAAACUUGAUCAAAGAAACAUUGAUCGAUACUAAAAUAUUUUCAUUUGAAGAUAUCGUUUAUGAAAUUAAUAAGUGCAUUUUAGCAAAUAAUCGAAAUCUUAAUUCUUAUUUAGCAAUUCUCAAACACUUAUAUGAUCAAAUUCACCCUAAAAACGUCAGAAAUAUUUUAGGAUUAAUGAACUACUUGUUUUUCAAAAAAUAUGUAAUUAUUUUAGACGAAACUAAUUCUGAUUUCGAAGAAUUUGAACCAGAAGAAGAUAGUGAUUCCUAUUUAUAUAUUUUAGACUAUCAACUAUUUCUAUAUCCAGAAAAUACGAUUUACGGAGCAAUAAUGAAUGAUGAUGUCAAAUCUUUUAUAUCACAUACAGAAGAGGAAGGAUUUGAUCAAAAUAUGGAGAUAAUUAAUAAUUUAUUUUAUUGGUUGGAUCAAUUUGAUGGAUAUUCAUUGCUUAGAUUAUGCUGCUAUUAUGGUGCAGAAAAAUGUUUUAAGUUUUUACGAACAAAAUUCCACUCAAAGAUCACUGAAGAAUGUCUUAUUGUAUCAUUUUUAGGCGGAAAUCAAUUCAUCAUUAAUGAAUGCUUGAAAGAAAUAACAAUACUCGAUAUAUAUCAAAGAUAUAUGUAG